ACUAAAAAUAUUUGAAUGAGGAUGUCAAAUGGCAAGCGUCCUAGUUCUCUGAUUUGGCCUUUGAUGAACCAAGAAGAACGACUUUUUUCUUUUGAACGGUAAAGAAGAAGGACUUUGUUUCCGCUGUUUUACGAAGCAAAAUUUUUAGCUUUUCAAGUAUUCUCCUUUCACAGCAUACCCAGAAAUUUUCUUGAGAAAAUUUGCGAGAAAAUUGAAUAUGGGAAAUAGGAUUGAAUUAUUUAAUCUGGAAAAGCACUUUGCUUUUUAUGGUGCAUAUCAUAGCAACCCAACAAACAUAGUAAUUCACAUGUUAUUUGUUUGGCCAAUCUUCUUCACUGCAGUUCUCCUUCUUGACUUCACUCCUUCUCUGUUUAAUCUCCCUCAUAUUGAUUUCUCUCUGUUUGGAGUCCAUGUUUCGUUGAUUUUCAACUUUGGGUUCUGGUUUGCUUUCGUCUACGCUGUGUUUUACAUGUGUUUGGAUGUCAAAGCUGGAACCUUGGCUGCCUUACUUUGCGGGGUUUGUUGGAUUGUUAGCAGCGUUCUUGCAACUCGACUUGGCUUUUCUCUUGCUUGGAAGGUCGUUCUUGCGGUUCAACUUUUCUGCUGGAUUGGACAGUUCAUUGGCCAUGGGGUCUUUGAGAAACGAGCACCAGCUUUAUUGGAUAACCUUGUUCAAGCCUUUAUAAUGGCUCCCUUCUUUGUGCUGUUUGAGGCUCUUCAAACCUUCUUUGGUUAUGAACCGUACCCUGGGUUUCAUGCAAUUGUUCAAGCAAAGAUCGAAACUGAAAUCAAUGAAUGGAAAGAAAAGAAGCAGAAUUUACUUAAUUAGAUACUGCAUCCAUUGACAUUAGCUUGCAGUGAACUUGAAUGGAGAUGCAUUUUGGAAGCAACCCUCUUUUAGCCAUCUCUCAGGCCUGAAUACUGCUGCAUCAGGGCCCCAAUUAUACUCCAUCCGACCCAUCGAGUAGGGAACAUAAGUAACCAUGCCUCCUGCUUUUACUUUGGUUCCAUCGGGCAAGAUAUCAUCCUCCAGGAUGCCCUUGGGGUCCUGUAAUCACCAGCAACAUUUACUUGGUUAUAAAACCAGAAACGAACAUAUGAGAUGCUUCUUUUGGACACAAUUUUUCAAGCCUUUUUGGGAACUGAGAUCGAAGGAACUAAAUCUUCAAGUCCUUACAAUAUUUCUUUUUAUUUACCGACUGAAAUGGAAGAAGCUACAUACCUGGGGAACUGCUGGAUAUAAACGUAGUGUCUCUGUGAUCACUGCAUGCAGAUAAUACAAUCUCCCCAGUGAAUCAUAAUUCAACAAACCUGCAAAUUGCACUGCUCUUUGAUUGAAGGAUUCAGGGUCUUCCAAGUCACAUGGUAGUAAUGAAAUCCUCUCCUCCUUUGCUUGUACUUCUUCGAAAGCUUUAAGUUCUGAGUAAAGCUUUUCAGCUACACGGGCAUUGGUCAUUAUCAUGUAUAUGGCCCAUGUGAGAGUCGUAGCUGUUGUGUCACGGCCAGCAAUCACAAAAUUCAGGACAAUAUCUCUAAGACUUUUGUCAGUUAAAUUUCCUUCUGGAUCUUCACUUAGUUCAAUAAAUCUUGACAAUAUGUCAUGCUUUAUCUGAAAUUUUCCACCAAGAAAGAAAGUUUCUAGGAUAAAUUUUAUGGGGAAAAGAAAGGGAAAGAAUGUAAAGAAGGAAGCAACCCUUUUCACUUUACCUUGCUGGUUUUGCAAGAUUCUCGAAUUUCUUUAAUCUCAGAUUUUCUUCUCCUUAUGACAUUGUAAGUGAAGUCAUCAAUGACUUUGAUGCUCUUUCCAAGUAGAGCUUCGGAGCCCACAUUGAGAAAUCUUUUCAAUUUCCAGAGUGGAUCAACGAACCUCAGUGUAACAAUGAUGUUUGCAGUAUCAAACGCCCGAGCGAAGUUGUUAUCUGGUAAAGUGGGAGCCAGAGUUCCAAUUUCAACACCAAACCCCACCUUGCAAAUGGAGUCUAAAGUCAUCCUCAUCAAUAAAUCCUGAAAAUUGGAUUCACAGCUCAAUCUUUCUGACAAAAGCAACGGCAUUUGACUGAAAUGGUAGGAUUACUUACCUGCAUGUCUACUUCUUGGUUAUGGAAGCAAGCUUGAGUUAGAAUAGAAUGGAGUUGUAGACUAUAUUCCCUGAAUACUACAGUGCUGAAAUCCCUCAAAUUCUUUGAUGCAAACUCAAAACUAGCUGUUUUCCUUUGCUUCUUCCAUAGCUCACCAUCUACGUUGAAAAUCCCAUCUCCAAGCAGCACUUCCAUAUAUGAAUGGUACGUUUCACCCUUUCAAUAUAACAAAACCAGGCAUCAACCUUUAUAUCUCUGUUAACCAAUAUAACGAGCAUGUUGCAGUCCAACAACCACAGAAAAAAAAUGAAAUAAUGAAAGCUUUACCUUGGGGUAAUUGGCAAAUUUGGUCUUAAGUACAUGUUCAACAUUAGCAGGAUCAGCAAUGUAAGUAUAAGUUGUGCAAGGCAUUGGAACUACAACCGUUUUCGAUGCGGACAGGUAUUCGACGAGCCAAUCGUGCAUUCGAUCAUAGUUAAUUAAUUGUUCGAACACUGCUCCGAUGAGUGGCCAUGUUUUGGGGCCUUUUCUGUUCCUCUGGUUCCAUCUGUAAACAAAGAUCCAUGAAAUAAACAUGCAAGCUAGCAUCACCAUUCCCAUGUUGCAUCCUUGUGAAAAAACUAAAAAAAGUUUGUCAUGAA